AUGACUUCAUUGACCGACACGCACCAAAGUGAUGCACGCGACUCAUCACCGAAGAAACCGCCACUUGACACCACGAAGAGUUGGAAACGCUUUUGGCUUGACACAUGGCGAUUUGAAAUUUUCGCAUGGGCAUUUAGCGUGGCUUGUUUCAUCGCUAUCUGUACUCUACUCAAGGUAUACGAGAACAAAGUGCGACCGCAGCUAGCAUACAACGUAUCAUUCAACGCGAUAAUCUCGGUCCUUGCCACAGCCUGCAAAUCCGGGCUACUUCUCGUGAUCGGAGAGGCUGUUUGUCAGUUGAAGUGGCUCCAUUUUUGCGGUCCGAGGCAACAAAGGCUAUCUAGCAUGCAGGACUUUGACAAUGCUAGCAGAGGGCCGCUAGGAUCCCUCAAUAUCCUCAUAGCUCAUCGGGCACAGUCUCUCGUCUGCCUUGGCGCGGCAGUCCUUGUUCUUCUCCUCGCGUUUGAGCCAUUCGUGCAACAAGUCAUCAGCUAUCCUGUAUUGCCCGUCGUUCUUGCUGAUGGCGAAGCGACAACAAAACAACUUCAUGGGCCUUUGGUGUCAUCUGCAACUUUGAUAAACUCAACACUCGCUGAAAUUGUCCAACAGUAUUGGAGCCUGGGCGAUUACUUCGCCGAGGCUUGGGCGCAGGGCCUUUGGUCGAGUCCUGUGUCGAGCGAUGGCUUCGAAGUUGCACCGGUAUGCUCAUCAGGGAAUUGUACUUGGGAAGAGUUCACCUCAGCCGGCAUUUGCAGUCAAUGCUCUGAUAUGACGGCUUCUGCUCGGUUGGACUGCAACCUGCCAAGCCUCAAUCUUUCUUCAUUCAACAUAACUUGUCGAAUCAACAUAACUGAUGGUGCUGCUUAUCCUUUCUCUGUCACCAACCAAUUGCUGGAUGACGAAGUCAUGUUGACCGUCCAGAAUUCAAUUUUCUGGAGGACUUAUGACACCUUGAAUGGAUACGUGGGUGUUGGGAAUAUAUCUCUGACGCCCCAUGCUACUACCUUCGGUGGAAUGCGUUCCCCAAUAGCAGCAUACGGUUAUGCCAAAUUAAAUCUUCCAGAACCAACCAACUCUUCAGUGCUGGUUGAUUCCAACAUCAUUUCUAUCAGAAAACUGACAGUAUGUGGUCUCGGAGAUUGUUUGCGCAAUUACAAUGUCUCGACGAGCAAUGGCCAAGCUUCCAUACACACCGGAAACCCAGAGUUUGGCAUGAGAUAUAACAAACGGCCUGGUAAUUUUACGAAGACCGGUGGAACUUCCAGUUUCGUACCAACUCAAGAGGAUUUCACAACUUGCUGGAUCCCUGAUAAUAAAUCAAAAGGGGGUUUUGCAUAUUGUGUCCCCUGGCUCAAUUCAUCCUUACCCUUAAUCUCGGAAGGCGACUUUGGCUUUGUCCCGGCCUCAGAAAGUCAAACUCUUCUUUAUCCCAGACAUAAUGGUGUGGGGGAAUGGGUUACAGAAAUUGACUCUUUCAUUGAUCGCAUUGAUAAUCUUGGCUUCGAGAAAAUAAUGUCUAACGUUGCCGCUUCAUUAACGAAGCUGCAACUGGUAUACACGAAAGAGACUUUCAGCGGUACCGCACACAGCAGCGAAGUCUUUGUGGAGGUCAAAUGGGAGUGGAUGAUUCUACCGGGCCUUCUCGUUCUCACCGGGUCUCUUUUCUUCAUAGCAACAAUGGUUGUGAAUCGAAAAUCCAGAAUGCCUCUAUGGAAGUCAUCGGCCUUGGCGUCCUUUUACCACGGAUUGGAAGAGCAAGAGGAUGGUAGCCUGUCAACUGUUAUUAGUAUGGAAGCGCAAGCAGAGGAGUCUAAAGUUCGAUUGAUGGGUUCUGAUGGGUAUGGGCGCCUGGUUCUACGACGGAAAAGCCUCAGAUUUAGCAACCCCGGUGAUGCCCCAGAUCCAGAUCACGCUUCUUAA